CUUUCUCCGACUUUCCAGGACGUGUUUUAUACCACUUCUUUUUCUGUCUCAUUUUGUCCACCAAACUUUUAACGUUGUGCAUAAAUGCACAAAGGACUUAUAAAGAUGAGCAGUGGAAGGGUUUUCAAGGUGCAACAUGGAGCCGGUGAGACUUGUGCGGGCUGUUUUGACUUUAGUUGUUAUUUUCACCAGUCUUUGUGGUGCCAACGUCGCAGCAGGGCCCACGCUGAAAAUGGACCAAGCUCUGUUAAUGUUUUAUAACCAGCUGCCCCACGACGUGGAGGUCUUGUACACUUCAGAUUAUUGCUACAAGUGUGUGUACCAGCGUCUGAUCCAAGUGAAAGCCAACCACAAAAACGUAUCUGCAGUCAUCAGCACCAAGUUCACUCUGAGCAUGCGAGUAGAAUCGCACAAGGUCAUCGAAACUCUUUGCAGAUGGAGUGAGACAUAUGAGGAGGGCGGUCACUACUACAUUUGGAUCGGAAAGUCAGUUAACGGCAGCAAUGUCUCCUGCAUUCCCUUUGUGGAUAGAAGACCAAACAAUUCCUACACACCUAUCCUGGUCACUGCUCUCUCCCUGUCUAUAACCGCUCUCCUAUUUGUUGUGACACCAUAUGCAUACAGAAAAUGGCGUACAUCGAAGUUUAAGAAGACCAUUUGCUGCCAAAUACCCCAGUACUCGCUUGAUGAAGUGCAUGUUGGGAACGCCGAGAGCAGUGCCAGCAAAGUGAAACCAACCCGUCUGCGUUCACUGGACACAUUUCGAGGGUUUGCCCUCACAGUGAUGGUGUUUGUCAACUACGGUGGAGGAGGCUACUGGUUCUUUCAGCACGUACCAUGGAACGGUCUGACAGUGGCCAGUAUCGUCAUGCCAUGGUUUGUCUUUGCCAUCGGGACUUCGGUGGUGUUGGCGAUCCGAUCCAUGCAGAGGAGAGGUGUGGGCCGCCUGCAGCUGCUGCGCAAGGUCACGUGGAGAACUCUGGUCCUGCUGAUGCUCGGCUUCUGCUUCCUCAACUACUCCCCGCGAGAUGGACCACUGUCCUGGUCCUGGCUCAGGAUCCCUGGUGUGCUACAGCGUCUGGCUUUCACCUACUUUGCCUUGGCUCUGCUGCAGACCCUAUGGGGAAACAAAGAGAAUGGACAAAGUGAAGGUCACUGGUGGUCUCCAGUCCAGGAUGUGGUGCUCUACUGGCCCCAAUGGCUCAUCAUCAUUCUCUUGGAGACGUUGUGGCUAUACAUCACCUUCCGCCUGCCUGUACCCAACUGCCCCACAGGCUAUUUAGGAGCAGGUGGAAUUGGGGAUAAUGGUCUUUACCCAAACUGCACUGGAGGGGCGGCAGGGUACAUUGACAAGUGGAUGUUUGGUGACAACAUCUAUAGGUACCCCACGUGCAAAGAAAUGUACCGCUCCACACAACCAUUCGACCCAGAGGGGAUUCUCGGUACAAUCAACUCAAUUGUGAUGGGAUUUAUGGGGAUGCAGGCAGGGAAAAUUAUCAUUUUCUACAAGGGGAAGAAUGUCCAGAUCCUGUGCAGAUUCCUGGUGUGGGCCAUUGUACUGGGAAUCUCGGCAGCCAUCCUUUCUAAGUGCACGCGAGACGAAGGAUUUAUACCUGUCAAUAAAAACCUUUGGUCAUUGUCCUUUGUGACGUGUAUGGGCUGUUUCUCCUUCCUGUUGCUGGGAGGCGUGUACUUUAUCUGUGACGUAAAGGGAUGGUGGGGAGGCCAACCAUUCAUAUAUCCAGGGAUGAACUCCAUCUUCGUGUAUGUUGGACACUCGCUCCUGGGUUUUUACUUUCCGUUCAGCUGGGAGAUGCGCUUCCAGGAAAGCCACUGGGAGUUGCUCUUUCAAAGCCUGUGGGGAACAGCAUUGUGGCUAAUUAUUGCUUACCUCCUCUACAGGAAGAAGUUUUUCCUCAAAAUUUGACCUAGUGUACAGGACUUGUCCCUACAUUCUAUAUACCAUUCUAGGCUUGUUUCAACUUUAACUGUCUCAUAAUCAGUGUUGGGUUAGUUACUGAAAACCAGUAACUAGUUACAGUUACUAGUUACUUUAUUUCAAAAGUAACUCCGUUACUAACUCAGUUGCUUACACCAAAAAGUAUUGCGUUACUGUGAAAAGUAACUAUUUAGUUACUUCUUUUUUUCUUCUUUUUUUUAAGGCUCCCAUUAAUGCCCUUUUAGCCUUCAUGUCAGUACUGUUAUUGCACUGGAGAAUAAUACAAUGUGUUGAUCAACUUGACAUGCAUUUGCAUCACUGAACUCUGCUAAGCAAUGUGCUCUACAUACAACACACAAAGACAAAGAUAUGUUACAAAGGCCAAUUUGUUUCUGGCCAGAACAAAUGGACAAAACUAUUUUAAAUAGCUGCAACAUAACAUACAUAAGUAACAAACAGCAUAAUAACAACAUAGCUGUAAAGCAAGGAAGGCACACACUACAUACACAAAGCCUAACCAUGCAUUUUUUCCUCAAGGAAAUCUGACACAAAAUCAUGUCUGAAGCCCAGAACACUCUACACAUUUCCCCAGUUUUAGUUUAGAGAUAAGGAGAGAUUGGCCUGGCCCACUAGGAUCCCUCUUUGUGUUUGUUAACUUUAUAGUCUAUACAUUUGGAGUGAUGUGAUAAUCAAACACUCUAGAAGUCUAGAAUGAAAGAGUAUUUAAGAGAAUUGACAGCAAUGUUCCCUCUAAGGCAGGUGUGGGCAAUUAAUUUUCACCAGGGGCCGCAUAAGCAACCCGAGCACUGCUGGAGGGCCACACGACAAUAUUUCAAUAAAAUUUUGCUCAAUGUUAUUUUUGAUGUACCGUAAAAUAAAUAAUAAUGAUGAUAAUAAUAAUAAUUUAAUUUAACCUAACUUAACAUUAUACAAAAGCAGAUUGCUUUUGAUGGUCACUUUAUCCUGCAUUAUCCAACAUUUUUCCCCGUCAGAUUUGGACAACCAUCUGUUGUUAAAAAUAGUUUUUAAUCAUAUUUAUUUUAUAUUGUUUUUUAUAUUGGUUUUAUAUGUAAUUGUUUUUUCUUUUUAUUCAGUCAUUGGUGGAGCUAAGGAUUAUAUUUGAAUAUUGUUUUUAAUAUUGUUGUGCAGCACUUUGGAAACAUUUUGUUGUUUAAAUGUGCUAUAUAAAUAAAGU